CAUUGUCACACGAGUCGCCAGUCGAUCAAUUGACUAGCGAGUGUGUUUUGCGUACCUACGAUCGUCGAGUGUAUCGUGUUCAUAAAUCGCGUUUAUUUUUAGUCGCUCGGAGCUACCGAAAUUUUCACAAACACUCGUCGCGUUGAGCCACCGUUUCUCCUUCCCGUUCCUCUCCCCCCUGCGCCGUUCAUUCGCUACAUGCGUAUCAACGAGAGAGGCCGGCGACGUGAGAUCGUGCGACAUUCACGCAAGCAUUCUGACGUGCGCUGGUUCCCCGGUUCUAUGUAAACACCGAAGUGAAAGCAAAUUAUCGGUACAACCGGAGCGGGGCAUGCUCUUUCUCGUCGGUCUCGUGCGUUUUAGUACCUCCGCCAAAAUCUUUGGGAUCUCUUCAUGAAUCGCCUAACAGACACACAAAUUGUCUAUUAGAUUGUCCAGACGGACAAAUUACUGAAGGUAACUCGCACCGUACAUCACAAAAGAGAGAGAGAGAGAGAGAGAGGGGGAAAGCGAGAAACAAGAAGAGUGAGAGAGAGAGAAUCUUUUGUCGCAUCGGCUUUCCUAUAUCGAUCUUCCGAGAAACAGCAGCUUUCGUGAGUUCUCACAGUCGUGCGGCAGCGGUUGUUCGUAUCGUUACUCGCUGUUUGUCACAUUUAGCGUUUUUGCUGCUUUUUUUUCAGUCGAUCAAGAACUCUCGAUUUAAAUCGACUUCAGAAGUGAGCAAGUGAAUGAGAGAAACGGGUAGAAAAAGAGAGAGAGAGAGAGAGAGAGAGAGAGAGAGAGAGAGAGAGAGAGAGAGCAGUGCACGACAGCAGCCAAUCUUUGUUUUAUCUGAUUAAGUUGUUAGCGGCGAGAUAUAUCGGCGCGAUCGACGACCUUUGUGAUCAAUUUACCUGAAAGAUCCGAGUGGGACGAAUUUGGAAGAAGGAAACGAAAGAGGCUGACCGACGUCGAGUGUUUUCCGAUUUCUGCGAGGAAACAACAAAAGUGGAGUUUGCGAGAGGUCAAAAGUUGUUGUUUGUUCACCGUCGGUACCGAUCGAUCCAAAGAUGCACAUCACUUGCAAAUGUUUGAAUGUGUCCAUCAGGUUCAGAGACAAUGAACUGCGGCCUAUCGACAUCGAUAAGUUCGAGCUGACGGAAUUGGAACGCGCAGACGACUUCUUUCGCGAAAAUCUGGCAAAUGUACUAGGAUUGGAGACUAUUACUAAAGAACAAUCUAGCUUGGUGGAAAUAAAAAAUGUUGGAUCAUGGAUUAUACAUCGUUGUUACAAUUGCUCAAUGUAUACUCAUGCUAUCCAUAGGGAAUAUGGUGCUGCUUUAGUCCUUAUUAAUAGCAAUAUUGUUUUAUCAUCUGAGGAAAUAAGUAAAUUAAAGUCCAAUCCAGAUUACAGCCCAGUAUUCAGAAUAGUAAUUGAUCACUACGUGGAAGACUUGGAUGACUAUCUACAACAGCCUAAUAAAUUUUCUGUAUCACAAUUACCUAAUACAGUUCAAGUGGCUCUAGGUGGAUUACAAAGGCAACUAGAGGAAGCUGUGCAACGUCAAACGGCGGUGAUAGAAGACAAAAUACGUGCAUUUACUGCGGAACAGUAUCAAUUGUUGGAACAAUUUCGUGAAAGAGCACACAACGAACAUAGGCUAUUAUCAAAACUAAUGUGUAAAGGGGAAGAGACAAAUAGAGUAACCAAUAAUAUAGAAACUCCGCCAACAACUCCUGACAGCUUUAAGAAUACUCUGACUACCUCUGCAGCUAAUAUGGUGGAUGGUCCAAGGUCCACUGUAGCAUUAGAUGAUACAAAAGUUUUCGCUGGUUCGAAUGUUAAACACGAGGCAGCUUCUAAGCAUUCUUCUAAUUCCGCUAAUCUGCCCAGUGACUCAUUAGAUCCGAAUAAUAUUCGAGCUUCAAUUAAAGCCUUAGCUAAGAUCGUCCACGGUGAUACAAUAUUUGGAGACUUACCACGUCCCAGAUCAGUUAGCUUUGAUACGGAAACAAUGUUUACCCUCGAUGGAGUAGAAGAUACAGAUACCCCUAAUAUAGUACAAUCUUCAGAAGAAGAAUCUGACACUGAUGAUUCGGGCCAAGACGAAGGGAUUCAUAUGCCAAAAGGUCAACGAGAUGGUCAUUCCACUUUGGCUAAAUCGCUACCAGUCACUGUACCCGCUUUUCCUUCUAUGAUUCGUCAUAGAGCACAAGAUCAAGAUGACGAUCAGCUGCCCAGUGACCCAUUAGAUCCGAAUAAUAUUCGAGCUUCAAUUAAAGCCUUAGCUAAGAGCGUCCACGGUGAUACAAUAUUUGGAGACUUACCACGUCCCAGAUUUUCUACACAGAUCUGACUUGUUAAGUACGAGCUAAGAAAAUCCACUCGGCAUGUCCUAGUGCUUUUGAUACAAUAUAUCAUAAUCUCUAUCACAUCCGUCAUUUGUCUUUCAAACAAAAGUUGCAAAAGAUUUAUGUAUACAGACUUAAAAUAAACAUGGUCAGUUCUGCAAAAGUACAGGACUCUGUGCAUAUUUUGUAGAAACUUGAGAGUAUGCCUUAAUUCAAGGUAUUUCAGCACUAUCUAGAUUUACUAAACAAUAUAAACACUUUAUAAAAAGAAAACAAAAAAGACUUUAUAUGUUAUUUAAACUGAAAACUACAUUUGCAGAUGUAAAAAAAAAAGAUUGUUAAAAAUGGGAAAACAGACGUUAAAUAGUUACAGUACAGCCUAAAUACGUCUGCAGAAUCUAAAUAUAUCUAGUA